AUUCUUGAAUGGUUUAUUUUGAGAUAUUAAUUGUUAGAUAGUGAUUGUUGUUACUGUCAGAUUAUGAGCAAUUCUUGUGAAGCUAAUUCAAAACUGCUUUCUUUUAUUUGGAUGGAAGAUGGAAGGCCUGUGUACACGCUGGAUGAGGCGCUUUCUGCUAUGAGGUUUGGGAAGUUCCAAGGUCUUGUGCUAGCAUAUGCUGGACUAGGGUGGGUUUCAGAAGCAAUGGAGAUUAUGAUUCUCUCUUUUGUCGGACCAGCAGUCAAGUUGAAGUGGGGACUCUCUUCGAGCGAAGAGAGCUUGUUAACAACUGUUGUUUUUGCUGGUAUGCUACUUGGAGCCUAUUCUUGGGGCCUAAUAUCUGAUAAUUAUGGAAGGAGGAAGUGUUUUCUCAGCAUAGCAUCUGUAACUAGUGGAGCUGGACUGUUAAGUGCUUUCUCUCCAAAUUAUUUGUUAUUGGUGAUAUCUCGUUGCCUGGUUGGCUUUGGUUUGGGCGGGGGACCUGUUUUCUUAGCCUAUUUUCUAGAGUUCAUCCCAAUUUCAUAUAGAGGCACAUGGAUGGUAGUCUUUUCUGCUUUUUGGACCGCUGGAACAAUUUUUGAAGCUUCACUUGCCUGGAUUGUCAUGCCAAAAUUGAAUUGGAGGUGGCUAUUAGCAUUGUCUUCUAUACCGUCCUUUGCUCUGCUUCUCUUUUAUGGUCUUGUACCUGAGUCACCAAGAUAUUUAUGUAUGAGAGGUAGAACAACUGAUGCACAUCAAAUUCUUGAGAAGAUAGCUCGCUUCAACCGCGCAAAACUCCCUCCAGGCAUGCUUAUUUCUGAUAAAAGUACCCGGCAGAAUGAACAAUCUGCUUCAUCAGUAGAUACCCCCCCGCUCUCAACAAGAAGAAAAAUGACCAGGAAAUUUAAGUCCGGCUUUUCAUCAUUUUUUAUGCUUUUCUCAUCAAAUAUAAUUCGGACAACUCUUCUCCUAUGGGUGCUAUUCUUUUCAACUGCAUUCUCAUAUUAUGGUAUGGUGUUGUUGACUUCAAAGCUAAGUAGUAGGCAAAGUAAAUGUGGCGGCUCAACCAUCCUGCAUUCGGAUAAUAGCCUCUAUUUGAACGUGUUUAUCACUAGUUUGGCAGAGCUUCCUGGGCUUAUCUUGUCAGCAAUACUAGUGGACAAAAUUGGGCGCAAGUUCUCGAUGGCUACUAUGUUUCUCUUAGCUUGCAUUUUUCUUCUGCCACUGGUCUCCAAUCAGUCUGCUAUUUUAACGACAGUAUUAUUAUUUGGAGCACGCAUGAGUGCCACUGGAACCAUAACUGUUGCCAGCAUUUAUGCCCCUGAGAUAUAUCCUACUGCGAUGAGAUCAACUAGCUAUGGAGUUGCAAGCGCCGUGGGAAGAGUUGGUGGCAUGGUAUGCCCGCUUGUAGCGGUCGGACUUGUCACCGGGUGUCACCAAACGGUAGCCGUGAUUCUGUUUGAGGUAGUAAUAGUUGUUGCAAUAGCCUCUGCUCUGCUUUUUCCAUUUGAAACCAAGGGAAGGGAAUUGAGAGACAGUGUAGAUAUAUCGGAUUCGUAACAGGAAAUCGCAGGAUAGUUUGUUUGUAGUGCUGCUACUCUUUGCCGUUGUAAAGAAGGCUUCACCAUGAACGUAGAUAUUAGUUAUGUAUUGUACAUGAUCAUGAUGUAUGUGCUACUGUAGAUAAUAUCAAAUUCGACUCUUGUUUUUAAUAAUAUACUUAUAAACUUUCUUACACUAUUA